AUGGGAGAAAAUGCAAGUUUUUGGGAAAGUUUGAUAUAUGCACAUCCUACCUGCACUACUUGGAAGCAAGAGGCAGAGGGAUCUAUCUACCACCUAGCCAGUAUUCUCUUUGUUGUGGGCUUCAUGGGUGGAAGUGGAUUCUUUGGGCUUCUCUAUGUCUUCAGCUUGCUUGGAUUGGGCUUUCUCUGCUCUUCUGUUUGGGCUUGGCUGGAUGUCUGUGCUGCUGAUAUAUUCUCCUGGAAUUUUAUACUGUUCGCUAUAUGCUUCGUCCAAUUCAUUUACGUUACCUACCAAGUUCGGAGUGUUUCCUUUGACAGAGAAUUCCAGGAACUCUACAGCGCUCUCUUCCAGCCUCUGGGAAUUUCCUUGACUGUCUACAGGAAGAUUGUCUUGUGCUGCGAUGCAGAAGUGGUUACCCUGGAGAAGGAACACUGUUACGCCAUGCAGGGCAAAACACCUAUUGAUAAACUGUCCUUGCUUGUGUCAGGCAGGAUCAGAGUGACAGUUGAUGGGGAGUUUCUGCAUUAUAUUUUUCCUCUUCAAUUUCUGGAUUCUCCUGAAUGGGAUUCACUGAGGCCCACAGAAGAGGGAAUUUUCCAGGUAACGCUUACAGCAGAGACAGAUUGUCGGUACGUGGCCUGGAGGAGAAAGAAGCUGUAUCUGCUGUUUGCCAAACACCGUUUCAUCUCCCGCCUGUUCUCAAUUUUAAUUGGGAGUGACAUUGCUGAAAAACUGUAUGCCUUGAAUGACAGAUGCACGUGGGGAAAGGCUUUAGGAAUCUCCAAGAUGAAUACUACAGCAAUGAGCCUACUCCCUGUUACUCCACUAGGUUUUAUUCCAGACUUAAAAAAUGCCACCCUUGUGCCUUUUAAUGAGACUGCAUGUGAAAACUGGAAGGAGAUUCACCAUCUUGUUUUCCACAUGGCAAAUAUUUGCUUUGCAGUUGGACUGGUUAUUCCAACUACUCUGAACCUUCAUAUGAUUUUUCUGCGAGGCCUGCUCACCAUAGGAUGUGCAUUGUUCAUCAUUUGGGCUACACUCUACCGUUGUGCCUUGGACAUAAUGAUCUGGAAUUCUGUGUUUCUGGUUGUCAACCUUUUACAUUUCAUAUACCUAGUGUAUAAGAGAAGACCGAUCAAGAUAGAGAAGGAGCUUAGCAGCCUCUACAAGAGGACGUUUGAACCUCUCCAUGUGCCUCCAGAGCUCUUCCAAAGACUAACUGGACAAUUCUGCAACAUUCAGAGUUUAAAGACAGACUUUAAAACAACAGGCCUGUUGGAAUUGAUUCAUUACGCGUGCAAGUGGAGAGGGGCGGGUUGCACUGCCCAGAGGCCGGCAGCACCAAGAAUGAAGGUGUCUUAUCGAGGGCAUUUUCUGCAUAAUAUUUACCCCUGUGCCUUUAUAGAUUCUCCUGAAUUUCGAUCAACACAGAUGAACCGGGGUGAAAAAUUCCAGGUCACCAUUAUCGCAGACGAUAACUGCAAGUUCCUGUGCUGGUCCAGGGAAAGGCUGACUUAUUUUCUGGAAUCUGAGCCAUUUCUUUAUGAGAUCUUUAAGUAUCUUAUUGGCAAAGAUAUUACAAAUAAACUCUAUUCAUUGAAUGACCCAACCUUAAAUGACAAGGCUUCAAAAAAGAUUGAUCGACAGCCUAGUCUUUGCUCGCAGCUCUCUGUGAUGCAGAUGAGAAACAGUAUGGCCAGUACCAGUGACAGCGAGGAUGGCCUGCAGAUGUUUCUUCGUGGGACUUCCUCUGCAUCCUCUCUUCGCCCGGGCCGGACAUCUCCCUACCUGAGAACUUCGGCAAAAAUGAAGCCAAUAGAAGAAAGUGUCGAAGAUGAUGUCUUUGAAGCACCAUCUGCAGAUAAGCUUGAACUCCAGCGGCUGCCUUAA